AUGGCUACUCCUGAUGGCCCUCACAGGCUUCCCGAACUGAAAGCUGCCCUUGAAGAAGCUGCCAGUGCUCGCGGAGCUGCAUAUCACACCAUGCAGGCGGUCGUUUUUUAUUUCGAAAGUGAUGACACUGCCGCAAAGGAUGAUGUGGAAACGCUUGCGAAAUGGUGCUUCCAGGAUGUGUUCGACAUUCAGACAACUGUCAUCAAGCUGGCAACAACUGACAAGAUGCCUGGAUUCACUCUCACAAAGAGACUUAAUGUCAUUCUCGAGCAAAUGGAUGCAUCCAGCAGAUCAUUCCCGUCACUGCUCAUUCUUGCGUACGUCGGUCAUGCAAUGCCUGAGGCCGCCAACGGCCAGGUGAAACUUGUUGCUGGUCCCGGCCGGCAAAACAUCCAAUGGUCGUUUAUCCGCGAGCAGUACUUCUCCCCGUUUAGCUACCUCACGGCAAAUGUGGACACUCUUGGCGUCCUGGAUUGCUGUUACGCAGGAGCGAACCGCGCGAAGACUGAUAGGACGUGCCAAGUUCUUUCCGCAUGUGGCCCAAACGAGAUUGCUCGCUCGCGAACUGGUGGCAUGAUAUCGUUUACCCAGCGUUUCUACCGUGCAGCCAGGAAUCUCAGCAAGACUGGGAAAGCAUUUGCUACUGUUGAAGAACUCGUCACCGAAGUCAACCGGGAGAAACCUAGUGCCGCUCCAGCGGCCCAAUUGACGUUUCAUGGAGGAGUCAGACCCAUUGCAAUCCCGUUCAAGGGCACUUCAUCUGCUUCUGCGCAGCAAGGACUGCGAAACCUGACCCUAUCGAGUCCGGAAGCUACUUCAGCAAGUGUUCUGGUCAAGCUCUCGAUCGCUGGCCCUCCUGUGCAGAUUUUAGAACAGUUCAAGGGUGUUAUCACCUCCCUUCCUGCCCAGUUCGGCGUCGAAAUCAUUGACGCCUAUGAAUCGAACUCGGUCGUUCUUCUACUGCGUAUGUCCCGACCGACAUACUUGCGGCUGUCGUCUACGAUCGACUUUCACUUCAUUGAAAACAUUGUUGGUCCGUCUUUGGUUCGGUCAGGUGCCCCCUCCCUACCUAUUCUUAUGGCGAAGGAGAACAUUCGUCCUGCCCCUGGCCCUGGCCCUAGCCCGAAGAAAUGA